AUGAGAGCAAUAACAAGCACAGCCAAAGAUAAUUUUAUGAUAAAUCUUAAUGCAGAUUCGUUUAGCUAUGUACAACAAAAUAGAGACGAAAUUGAUGAACCCAAAAAUAAGGACAAACCAGAUUUUAGUUGUAGGUCAAGGGAAACAAAAGAUUAUGCAAACUCAGGACCUGGAUCAUCAAAACAAGACUUGGACUGUAGUAGGAAGCAUGAAAAAAGAAAAGAUUCUGAAAGUUUUGAAGAAGAGGAAGAGACCUUUACUUAUUUAAAAUAUAAGCACGAUUUGAAUUACGUUUUUUCAAGUUUCAAUCUGGUUGACGAUACUAACGAUUUCUGGCUGUUUGUUAAAUUGUUUGAAACAACACAGAAUGAGUUGAAACGAAAAAGAAAUCCUUUAUACAGUGUAAACAAAAUUGGAGUCCCAGAUUCUUAUGAUAGGUUACACAGAUUAAACUUUUUUCUUAAUUAUCGUAGCAGAGAAUUAUUUAUAAGAGUCCGAGAAAAUAAAGAGCUGACCGAAGACAGGCUUCGUGAGUUUAAAGAAAUAAUAAUGUUUUAUUUGGAUUAUAAGCAAACAGAAACAUUCUACAAGUUGAAAAAAUUGAGGAAUGAACAGAAAAACUUACCUGUUGCUCAGUUCAAGGAUGAAAUACUUGAAGCUGUCCGAAGUGAAAGAGUUGUUAUUAUUGCUGGUGACACUGGUUGUGGAAAAUCAACUCAACUGCCUCAGUACCUUUACACUGCUGGAUUUGGUAGGAUAGCUUGCACACAACCACGUAGGAUUGCUUGUAUAUCAUUGGCAAAACGUGUUGCUUAUGAAACAUUGACUGAAAAUAAAAAUGAAGUUGGUUAUCAAAUAAGAUUUGAAAAGCAAAAAGGACAGGAUACAAAAAUUACUUUCAUAACGGAGGGUCUUCUUCUACGACAGAUUGCUGGUGAAGCAGAACUUUCUCAAUAUGAUGUCGUUGUUUUGGACGAAGUUCACGAACGACAUUUGCACGGCGAUUUCUUGCUGGGCAUCAUGAAAUGUCUGAUUCAUCAAAGAAGUGACAUCAAGUUGGUUCUGAUGUCAGCUACAAUUAAUAUCGAACUUUUUAGUAAUUACUUUGCUAAUGAAGAUGUUAAAGUGAUUCAAGUGCCUGGAAGACUGUAUCCCAUUGAAUUAAUUUAUAAACCUGUGCUUAUCGAGGAUAAAUACUCUAAAACUGAAAGGUUCAAUCCUAGUCCUUACAUUCAGAUAAUGCAAAUAAUCGACCGAAAAUACCAAAAGACCGAAAGAGGUGAUUUACUUAUAUUUUUGAGCGGUAUGAGUGAGAUCACAGCAGUAGUGGAUGCUGCCAAGGAAUACAGCAAAAAAGACAACAAUUGGAUUAUUUUACCUUUGCACAGUACGCUAUCUAUAGCCGAACAGGACAAGGUGUUUGGCUAUGCUCCUGAUGGAGUGCGAAAAUGCAUCGUGUCGACAAACAUCGCCGAAACAUCGAUCACCAUUGACGGAAUACGAUUCGUUGUCGACAGUGGAAAAGUUAAAGAGAUGAGUUAUGAUCCUAUUUGCAAGAUGCAAAGAUUGAAAGAAUUCUGGAUCAGUAAAGCAAGUGCUGAGCAAAGAAAAGGAAGGGCGGGAAGAACAGGGCCAGGAGUUUGUUACCGGCUUUUUUCAAGCGACGACUUUUCGGCAUUUGAAAAAUACUCGACGCCAGAGUUACAAAGGGUACCACUCGAUUCAUCUUUGCUUCAAAUGAUUGCCAUGGGCUUGCCAGAUCCGCGUAAAUUUCCAUUCAUCGAGCCUCCUCCGGCAGAAAGCAUAGAAAAUUCGAUUUUAUCAUUAAAAGAACACGGUGCCUUGACGGAAAACGAAAAAUUAACUAGCAUUGGAAAAACUUUAGCAAAGCUACCAGUAGACAUAACAAUCGGUAAAAUGCUAAUCAUGGGCUCGUUGUUCCAUCAAAUCGAGCCUUCGUUAUCUCUGGCAGCAGCUCUCAGUGUUCAGAAUCCUUUUACGAAUAAAGCCUACAGAGAUUUAGAUUGUGAGUCAUCAAGAAAAAAUUUGGAAUCGGAUCACGGCGACCCAAUAACUCUGCUAAAUGCUUACAGAGAAUGGUUGGAAAUAAAACACGAAAAUGGUGGAGAGGUACGCUCUGGUAGCAGUGCGAGUAAAAAGUGGUGCAGGAGAAGGGGAUUGGAAGAGCAGAGAUUCUAUGAGAUGACGAAAUUGCGCAAUCAGUUCAAGGAUUUACUUCAAGAAUGUAAAAUGUUGCGGUUCUCGGAAACUGAUUCUGAAAUGACAAGUUCAGAGCGAAUUAUAAGACACGGAGAGUUGAAACUGUUGCGAUCCUUAAAGAGAUCUUACAAGCAGAGUGAUUCGUCCAGAAAGCGGAAACAAUUGAAAAUGGACGAUGACAACAUAAGAAUCGAGGACGAUAAGGAAGACGAGGAGAUUGACAUAAAAGACAUUGAGUUUAGAAUGAAAAAUGACUUUUCACGCAUCAGCAAUUUAGUGACAGCCUCGAUGGCCUGCAGUUACAAGGAUCUGAUGAUGCUGAAGCUGAUCCUGUGCAGUGGUUUGUACCCUCAAUUAGCUAUCGCUGACGAAUUUAAUUAUUGCAAGACUGUCAACGAACAACUGUUUCAUACCAAAGUCAAGCCAUUCGUGGCUCUGCAUCCUAUGAGUUUUUUUGGCGUUCAUCCACAAGUGUUACAGCUUGAAGAACCAGAUAUUGUUACUAUUCCAGGAUACAAGUCUAAAACUCCAGUCAGCCCGAAACAUCAAAUUUUAGUAUAUUUAUCAUUAUUAGAAACUACAAAACCAUAUUUGGUUAAUACUCUCAGAAUGCCUGCUGCCCAAACGUUACUUUUACUAUCACAAGAAAUCGAUACUAAUUCCACGUUUACAACUCUCGUUUGCGACUCAUGGUUGUCCUUAGAUUUUCCCACUCCUGACAGUGGAGGGAUUCUUUUAUUAAAAGUAUCCAAACUGCGACAAAUGUGGGAUAAUCUUUUAAAUUUACAACUGCAAGAAGAUUUACCAGCUGAGAGCAAAGAAGAAAAUAUUGAAGAAUUGGAGUAUGAGCUUAGCAAAGGCCUUGUCGACUUCAUGCACACGUCUGUGCCGUAUACGAUAAAACGUUUGUUGGCUGCGGAUUUAAAAAAUAUUUACGUUGGAAAAGAAGAAAAUUCAGCAGUUUUACAACCGAAUCCAUUUUCAGUUGAUUUUGAAUGUGUACCGCACGAGAAAAAAGGUGGUAUGCGCGCUUCAAAAUACAUUACUUUUAAUUGUUUAGUGGAGAGUGAUUGGAGCGAUAAAGUGGCGUGUGAAAUGCUUGAAAUGGAAUGGACCUGCAAUAUCUGUGAUUUCCAAGGCAUGCUGUCGAGUCUUGAAAAACUACAGCACAUGAGUUCUUGUAAAAAAGAGGAGUUUGUAGUAAACAAAGCCAAAUCGUUACCAGAGUCGAGAAAAAAGAAUACAGUUGCUUAUGAUUGCCCCAAGUGUCAAAAAACGUUGUAUCUUGCACCUACAGAAGUUUUAAGGCACAGGAAACAACAUGAAGUUUAAAUUUGUUAACUGCUGUUUGAAUUAUUGUAUACACUGAUUAAGUAAAGCCAUUCAACUGUACAUAUAA